AUGCAUGUUGUGAAUCAUGAGCAAUUAUCUGCAUCUGUGAUUUGUCUAUACAUGAGGUUUUUAUAUGACAUCGUCUUGCUCGAACAUGGUUUGAGAGAGAGAUUCAGCUUUUUGUCUCCAGCACAAACCAUUAAAUUCUCUUCUGAACAAGUUAACUACAUACAUGAGGCCUUCACGGCACAGGCGCGAAGAGAUAAAUUGUUUCUCGCACCAUUCAAUGCUGGGGAACAUUGGGUGUUGAUAGUGAUUGAUGUGUUUAAAGAAAGAAUAUACUAUUUGGAUCCUUUACGUCAAGAGCUGACAGAACGCAAACAAAUGAAGCUUAUGUUUGAUACGGCUCUGAAGUGCCCUCGUCAGACUAAUAAUGUUGAUUGCGGAUAUUAUGUGAUGAAGUUCAUGAAAGAUAUCAUCACUCACCAACAACUUGUGAUUCCAACGAAAUAUUUUGAAGAUUGUCAGUUCGUUUCCUACAAUGAAGAGCAAUUGCGUGAAGUUAAAGAUGAGUGGGCUGCUUAUGUUUUUUACAAUUGUUUUUAG